CCGCACGAGCCGCCGGCGGUUCGUAUUACCGGGGUCGGGAGGAGGAGCCCAGCCGGGCCCGCGGACCAGCGCCGGCCGGGCGGGAGGCGCGGAGGAGGCGGGCGGGAAGCCCGGGGCUGCGAAUUGGGGCGGGGGCGCCCUCCCACCUCCGUCGCCCUCCGUUCGGGCCUUGGCGGCCUGGCCUCACCUGCCCGGAGGCCUGGGAGCCACCAGUCGCCGCCGAGGGCGAGUCCCGGGGGCCGGCGGAGCGUGGAGGUGCGGACGCGAGGCGCGGGCCUCCGCGCGGAGGCCUGGACUGCGCGGCCAGGUGAUGGUGGGCCCCUGUGGUUCUCCAGAGGAAAGGGGACCCCCAGAGCAGCUGUGCCCCCAGGCUGCCCCAGCAAGGCGUUUGGACAUCAGCCCUAGGGAAGUCGGGCAGCUGUGAGUUUGCCUGUCUCCGUUAAGUGUCCUUAGGAUGCAGUGAUUAAGGAGUCAGGCUCUCCCUGCGGGAGGGGCCCUGCCUGCGCUGGUGAACUCGGUGCAGAGAAAAAGGACAGAAUGAUGCUUUCCGAGCAAGCCCAAAAGUGGUUUCCGACCCACGUGCAGGUCACAGUGCUCCAAGCCAAAGAUCUUAAGCCAAAAGGCAAAAGUGGCACCAAUGACACAUACACUAUAAUUCAGCUGGGCAAGGAAAAGUACUCCACCUCUGUAGCUGAGAAAACCCUUGAGCCAGUCUGGAAGGAAGAGGCCUCCUUUGAGCUGCCUGGUUUGCUAAUGCAGGGGAAUCCAGAGAAAUACAUCCUUUUCCUCAUAGUUAUGCACAGGUCCCUGGUGGGUCUGGAUAAGUUUUUAGGGCAGGUGGCCAUCAAUCUCAAUGACAUCUUUGAGGACAAACAAAGAAGGAAAACAGAGUGGUUUAGUUUAGAAUCCAAACAAGGAAAAAGAGCCAAAAACAGGGGUGAGAUAAAGGUCAAUAUUCAAUUUAUGAGGAACAAUAUGACAGCAAGUAUGUUUGACUUAUCAAUGAAGGACAAAACAAGAUCUCCUUUUGCAAAAUUAAAAGAUAAGAUGAAAGGUAGAAAAAAUGAUGGGACAUUUUCUGAUACAUCUUCUGCAAUCAUUCCAAGUUCUCACAUGCCUGAUGCCAAUACUGAAUUUUCAAGUAGUGAAAUACAGAUGAAAUCUAAACCAAAAAAGCCUUUCCUUUUGGGUCCUCAGCGACUCUCUUCAGCGCACUCAAUGUCUGAUUUAACUGGGGCCCAUGUAUCCUCGGAGAAGCUGAAGUCUGGCACCAUUGCUCAAACGCAUCUUCUCGGACACCAGAUAGAUUCCUUUGGAGCAGUUCUGGAAAGUGGAAGUCUCAGAUCUCCACACAGAAGAACAUUAAGCUUUGAUACUUCUAAAAUGAACCAACCUGACAGCAGUGUGGGUGAAGGUGAAUCGUCUUUCGGAAGACAAAAUGACCCAUUUACAAAUGUGACUGCUUCAUUACCCCAAAAAUUUGCAACACUGCCAAGGAAGAAAAAUCCAUUUGAAGAAAGCAGCGAAUCAUGGGACAGCAGCAUGAAUUUAUUUUCAAAAUCAACUGAAGUAAGAAAAGAAAAUAAAAGAGAAAAAAGGGAGAAAGUUAGCCUGUUUGAAAGAGUGACUGGAAAAAAAGACAGCAGAAGAUCUGAUAGACUUAACAAUGGGGGAUCUGAUAGCCCUUGUGACUUGAAAUCACCUAAUGCAUUUAGUGAAAAUCGUCAGGACUAUUUUGAUUAUGAGUCAACUAAUCCGUUUACAGCAAAAUUCAGGGCUUCAAAUAUAAUGCCAUCUUCAAGUUUUCAUAUGAAUCCGACAAGUAAUGAAGACCUCAGGAAAAUCCCGGACAGCAACCCUUUUGAUGCCACUGCAGGCUAUCGUAGUCUGACCUACGAGGAGGUACUACAGGAGCUGGUAAAACACAAAGAGCUCCUUAGGAGGAAAGACUCCCACAUCCGGGAGCUGGAGGACUACAUCGACAACCUCCUUGUAAGGGUAAUGGAGGAAACGCCCAGUAUUCUCAGAGUGCCAUACGAACCAUCCAGGAAAGCUGGCAAAUUCUCCAAUAGUUAAUAAGCCAAUGGUACUGCAUUUAUAAUUGGGGAAAAAAGAAAGGAAGAAAGAGAGAGAAAAAAUAGAAGAAAAGCUUGUUACUGAGAGAGACCACACUAUCAGGUUUUGUUACAUACUCUCCUUCAUUGUGAAGAAUUGUUUCACCUGUAAAUAUUAGCAGGGACUAUCAAGAGUGACCUUUGAAGUGAGCUAAAUAAUUUAAACCUUUCAAGUGAAAAUGGGCCAGAUUCUCGUGAACAAGCAGUUCCUUAGGAUUCACUUAGGUGCUGGUGCCGGCCCACUAAUCUGCCAUAGGCCUAGAAGUAUCUUCAGAAGUACAUGACUUAUUCCUCAGGAACAGGUUUCUCAUCAAGCAGAAUUGAUACUGUGGUUGGUUUCUCAGAAGUCAAUUUGUACAGAUUUAGCUGCAGGAAUACUGCUCGUUAUAAACACUACUAAAAAAAAAAGUUCAUAUUUUAUAUGCAUAUAUGUACAUGAAUAAUCUGUUCAUGUAUCUUUGUAUAUAAAAUACAUGCAUAUACCUCAUAUAUACAUGUGUUUUUAGAACAUUUAAAGACAACUGGUUGCCUCUAAAAUUAGGAUACCAAUUAGGAUUUCUUAAUUUGAAAAUAUAUGUGUGCUCUAUCAAUGCAAAACAAAUCAUCAUUGCUACUAUGAUGGGUUGUUACACAGAAGCUGCUUCAAAUCACUCUUGACUAUGUGAACCUUGGUUUCAAAAUAAGCUGCUACUAUAUAUUAUUCCAGCAUCAAAUCUUUUCUCUUUUUCCAAAAGUAAUGAUCUAAAGCCCCUUUUUAAAGAACGAUGUAUUUUAGGAAAC